AUGCCGCGUCUGUCACCUAUCUCAGCGCAAGCCAUUGAUCGGCUGAGAUCCUACAAAUCUCCAGAAACAAUAUGGCCCACAAUGCCGCUCACGCGGAAGGCCGCCGUCCUGAUCCUGCUUUUUGCAGAUCCAAACGGAGAAUUGAGAGUAGUCAUCACCAUGCGAGCAAGUACCCUGAGCUCAUAUUCUGGUCAAGCCGCCUUGCCGGGCGGCAAAGCUGAUGAGGGCGAGACGGCCUUUGAAUGUGCAAGGCGUGAGGCUUCGGAAGAGAUAGGCCUUCCUAGGCGUGCAUCGGCCCUACCGCGACCAUUCAAAGUCGAGCAUUUAUGCGAGAUGGCAACGAAUUUAAGCAAGAACGCCCUUCUGGUUCGUCCAUGCGUCGCGUUUCUACAUUCGUAUGACCCGGAGACCGGAGAGGAUGCCAACGUGGGGGAAAAACUACUCCCAAGAUUGGAUGCGAGAGAGGUGGCGGCGGUGUUUUCGGCACCCUUCAGAAACUUCUUGUACAUGGAAGAUCUGCCGGAUCAGCCAAAUCUCCCCGGCAAACCAAGUGAUUGGUACAAGGGAAGCUGGACAGACUGGCAUCAGAGUCGAUGGCGCAUGCACAAUUUCUUUGUUCCCGUCACCAACCAGAUCGUCUCGAAGCCGAAAAGAAGUGAAGACCAGAAGGUCACGGCAAGCCACCUGGACAAAUAUUCUAGGUACCGGGUGUUUGGCAUGACCGCCCGGAUUCUUGUCGAUGCCGCUCGUUACGCGUAUGACCAAGAACCUACCUUCGAGCACAACUCUCACUUUGGGGACGAAGACAUGAUUGUUCGGCUCCGAAAAAUUGGCUUCUUGGGUGAAAUUAGGAAUCGAAACGAUGAGUUGACAAAGGAGGACUUGGUCAAAGCUGCAAAUCUCUGA